AUGAAAGUAAGCGUUGGACACCAGCCAAAGGGUCAGCUAUGGCUGGUCUUAGCCGUGCUGGUUGCCUUUGCAAUGCUCAGUGAGGCAGCCAGAAGCUUGCCACCACCUUCUCUUUCAGCAUCGCCAACGUAUGCUCCUAUCAUUAAGGUGAUAGGCAAAGCAUACUGCUAUAGAUGCUUCAAUGAGGCACACCCAGAAGAAUCGCAUGGGAAGGAGCACCUGGAAGGAGCCAUGGUCAAGGUCACUUGCCAGGCCAAUGACCAAGCAAUAGUGAGAUUUGGCUACACCGAAAGCAAUGGCAAAUACAGUGUGGCCAUUACCGGGUUGCCACUUAGCGGCACCUUUGGGGCUGACUCGUGCAAGGUUGAGCUCCAUGCAGCAGCAGGAGGAUCUGACUGCAAUGUGCCCAUGGAGUUAAAUCUCUCUGGAGUUAGCGUUUACUCAAAGUCCAAUGAAGAAGUGGUUCUCCAAGCCAACCAAGUAAUGGCAUUUGGAUCAAAGAAAACAUUUGCUGGAUGUUCAAAACCUCACAUUCUACCAUCGAUGUAUCCAUCUAAUUCACAGCCACUCCCAUACCAUGCCUCACCUCCAUCCAACUACAAAUCCCCACCAUUACUGCACCAGCAUUCACCACCUCCUUCAAACAAGUUUCCACCUCCAUCGUAUCAGUAUCCAUCACCUCCCCAGAACUUCUACUCUUCGCCACCCCCAUCAAACAACUACCAAGCUCCACCAACAUCUAACAAUCCAACACCAACCCACAAGUAUUUAUCACCUCCAUACUACUACAACUCCCCACCUCCAAACAGCCACGUAGCUCCACCGCUGCCAUACCUGCAGUCCCCACCUCCGUACAACUACAAGUCGCCUCUUCUACCAUUGUCACCAGCGCCUCCUCGCCAUUAUAACUCUCGACCUCCAUCUAACUAUGGAUCUUCACCCCCACCUUACCAAUAUUCUCCACCUGUACCACCAAAACAUCUACAACCAAAUGUUCCUCAUGCUAAUCAGCCACCAGCAUCAAUAUCACCACAGCCUCUUUACCCCUACAGCUCUCCACCACCAUAUCUGAACUCGAACCAAUCCCCACCACCACCGAUUCAGCUUCCUCAUGUAAAAUCGCCACAAGUUUCUUCAACAUCUCCACAGCCUCUUUACCCCUAUGGCUCUCCACCAUCAGCAUCAAUAUCUCCACAGCCUCUUUACCCCUACAGCUCUCCACCACCAUAUCUGAGCUCUUACCAAUCCCCACCACCACCGAUUCAGCUUCCUCAUGCAAAAGCGCCACCAGUUCCUUCAACAUCUCCACAGCCUCUGCACCACUACAGCUCUCCACCACCAUCACUUAUGAACUCCCACCAAUCCCCGCCACCACCGAAUCGCCUGUCAUGA